ACACCUCUCCUUCCUUGCUUAAAAGCUCACUAUAGAAAAGGGGGAGAGAGACAGAGAGAGCGCAUUGGGCAUCAAUGGCGACGUUGCUGUGCGCGCCGCUGGUGGCGAAGACCGUGGAUCAGAUGGUGAGAGAGAUGGCGGUGGCCAAGGGACUAGGCGCUGACCUCGUAGAGAUUCGGCUCGAUCAUCUCUCAGUUUUCCGGCCGAGAGAGGAUCUCGAGCUCUUGCUCAAGGGCCGGCCACUCCCCGUCCUCAUUACCUAUCGACCAAAAUGGGAAGGAGGUCAAUAUGAAGGUGAUGAUACUAGACGAUUUGAGGCACUUCGCUUGGCUAUGGAGUUGGGAGCUGAAUAUGUUGAUAUUGAACUAAAGGUUGCUGAAGAAUUUAUAAAAUUCUUAUCAGGGGGAAAGCCAGAUCAUUGUAAGCUCAUUGUUUCCUCUCAUAACUAUGAGAGCACCCCUACAAGUGAUGACCUUGGGAACCUUGUGGCAAGGAUACAGGCUGUCGGGGCUGACAUAGUAAAGAUUGCUGCAGUUGGUGUUGACAUUACUGAUGUGGCACGUAUGUUUCAAGUAAUUGUGCAUUGUCAGGAACGGCAGGUUCCAAUGAUAGGAUUGAUUAUGGGUGAGAGGGGCUUGAUUUCACGCUUACUUUGCCCCAAGUUUGGUGGAUAUCUAACAUUUGGUUCUCUUGAUGCGGGGAAAGAAUCAGCUCCUGGGCAACCAACUCUUACAGAUUUGUUGAAUGUAUACAAUAUCAAAAACUUAAGACCAGAUACAAAAGUGGUUGGGAUCAUUGGGAAGCCUGUAGGUCACAGUAAAAGCCCAGUUUUGCACAAUGCAGCCUUUCAGUCAGUUGGUUUCAAUGCAGUUUAUGUCCCUUUUUUAGUUGAUGACCUCCCUAGUUUUCUCAAAGUCUACUCGUCGCCAGACUUUGCUGGCUUCAGUUGCACAAUUCCUCACAAGGAAGCUGCAGUUGUAUGCUGCGACGAGGUCGAUCCAAUCGCUAAGGCUAUAGGUGCUGUAAAUACAAUUGUUAAGAGACCAAGUGACGGAAAGCUAAUUGGUUAUAAUACUGACUAUGUUGGUGCAAUUUCUGCCAUUGAAGAUGGAAUAAGAGGAUCUCGGGUGAAGGAUUCAAGUAUUUCACCUUUGGCUGGAAAACUUUUUGUUGUCAUUGGUGCUGGUGGUGCAGGUAAAGCACUAGCUUAUGGUGCGAAGGAGAAAGGUGCAAGAGUUAUAAUUGCGAAUCGGACUUAUGAACGAGCCAGAGAGCUUGCCAGCUUGAUCGGCGCAGAAGCGCUGACACUGGCCCAGUUGGAAAACUUCCGGCCUGAGGAUGGGAUGAUUCUUGCAAACACAACAUCUAUUGGAAUGCAUCCAAAGGUUGAUGAAAGUCCUAUACCAAAGCAUGCAUUGGGUAGUUAUGCUGUGGUGUUCGACGCAGUCUACACGCCGAAAGUAACCAGGCUCUUGCGAGAAGCAGAAGAAUCUGGUGCGACUAUUGUUAGCGGACUGGAGAUGUUCAUCAGACAAGCUAUGGGUCAAUUCGAGCUAUUCACUGGUUUGCCAGCGCCGGAGAGUCUUUUCCGUGAAAUCGUGGCAAAGAACUCAUCAUGAUUUAACUUUUCCAAGGAAGUUCAUAAAUUUGCAUCCAAUUGUGAUUUUGAUUUCUUCUGAAAUAAUGGAAUCAAUAUUUUCAGAACAACAUUAUGAUACUGAAAUUUUCCUGGAAUUCGGCAUUUGAUAUCUAUGUUAAAGGAAGAGAAGCUCUUUUGUAUUGUUAA